AUGACUCCGAGUCCCUUUAGAGUUAUUGUUGUCGGUGGUGGCCCGGUCGGGAUGACAGCCGCGCACGCUCUCUCACGCGCAAACCUUGACUUCAUCGUGCUCGAGCGCCGCGCCAAAAUGGUUGAAGAUGCCGGCUCAAAUCUUGUUCUCCUUCCCAUAGGAUUGCGUGUGUUGGGCCAGCUAGGCUUGCUCCCCAAGAUCGAGAGCGUCAGCUCACCCAUGAGCCGUUUCAGGCGCAUGGAUCAUAACGGACGCGAUCUUGGCGACACCCUGUGGUUCACAUACUUUAAGGAAAAGUCGCCACGGGGCCUACCCACGACGGAGGCGAAGGCAAAGCUUCUCCCUGGCAAGAAGGUCAUAGAUGUCUCUUCCGGCCCUGACGGCGUCAGCGUGACUUGCGCGGACGGCACCUCGUAUACCGGAACCGUCAUCGUCGGCGCUGAUGGUGCCCACAGCCGGGUGAGAGACUUGAUGCGGACGGCGGCCCUUCAAGCACCGCCCACCACCGAGAACAAAAUCAAUGAAGCGGAGCCGUUCCUCACUACCUACCGUGCCAUGUGGCUCUUCGCUGGCGAGGGCACCUCGGUCAUCGGAGUGUACGAGCGCAUGGAGAAGCCGACGCGCGAAGGGGUGCGGUACAACCAGGCAGACGAGGAGAAGUUCAUAGAAAGGUGGGGUCACCUGCCCAUUAUCGAGGGCGGGUUGACGAUCAAGGAAGCCUAUACCAAUCGGACCCAAGCCGGCAUGGUGAAUCUUGAAGAAGGCGUCGUCGACCAUUGGAGCUGGGACCGAAUCGUUCUUGUCGGCGACGCGGCGCACAAGUUCACGCCAAGCACUGGCGCGGGCUGCAACAACGGCAUCGUCGACGUUGUGGCGCUCUCUAAUGAGAUGUACCACGCCUUCAAGGCUGUCCGGGCCUCGGACCCGGAAGCCUUUCCGACCAAGGAACAGGUGUUCGCUGCGUUUGAGGGCUAUCAGCUCGCGCGCUUCGAGACGGUCAAGGCUGGCCUCGCCGGUGCAAGCCAAGCCACCGGCGCCGCGACGUGGGCGGAUACAACACACAAGUUUGUGGACCGCCAUAUCCUCUCAAAGCAGUCGCUUCAGAAGUUCUUUGCCAAUCGGAACGCGCCGGCGCUGGCCCGUACACCUGUCUUCGAGUAUGUAGAAGGCGAGGAGCAGAUGGUUGGGAAGUUUCCCUGGGCUCAUCCCAUCAAGCCGGCGUCCUCCUAG